CCUGACGAGGGGGAGGCGGGACGGCUGCGCUACUCCAUGGCCGCCCUGUUCGACAGCCGCUCCGACGCUCUCUUCACCGUGGACCCCGUCACCGGCGCCGUCGCCACCGCCGCGCCCCUGGACCGCGAGAGCAAGAGCACCCACGUGUUCCGGGUGACGGCGGCGGACCACGGCACGCCCCGGCGCAGCGCCAUGGCCACGCUGACGGUGACGGUGAGCGACGCCAACGACCACGACCCGGCCUUCGAGCAGCCCGAGUACCGCGAGAGCGUGCGGGAGAACCUGGAGGUGGGCUACGAGGUGCUGACGGUGCGAGCCACCGACGGCGACGCCGGUCCCAACGCCAACGUCCUCUACCGGCUCCUCAACGCCGACGGCGCCAACGAGGUGUUCGAGAUCGAUCCCCGCUCGGGCGUCAUCCGCACCCGCGGCCCUGUGGACCGAGAGGCCGUGGAGGCCUUCGAGCUGUUGGUGGAGGCCGCGGAUCAGGGCCAGGAGCCGGGGCCCCGCAGCGCCACGGCCACCGUGCGCAUCGCCGUGGAGGACGACAACGACAACGCGCCGCAGUUCAGCGAGAAGCGAUAUGUGGCGCAGGUCCCCGAGGACGUGGCCCCCAACACGGCCGUGCUGCGGGUGACGGCCACCGACCGCGACCGGGGCAGCAACGCUUUGGUGCAUUACAGCAUCGUCAGCGGCAACUCCCGCGGCCACUUCUACAUCGACGCCCAGACGGGCGCCCUGGACGUGGUCAGCGCCUUGGACUACGAGGUCAACAAGGAGUUCACGCUGCGGAUCCGGGCGCAGGACGGCGGCCGCCCGCCUCUCUCCAACAUCAGCGGCUUGGUCACCGUCCAGGUGUUGGAUGUCAACGACAACGCCCCCAUCUUUGUCAGCACCCCCUUCCAGGCCACCGUGCUGGAGAACGUGCCGGUGGGUUACUCGGUCAUCCACAUCCAAGCCAUCGACGCCGAUUCGGGUGACAACGGCCGCCUGGUCUACACCCUCAUGGAGACCGGGGCCGGCUUCCCCUUCGCCAUCAACAACAGCACCGGCUGGAUCGUGGUGGCCUCUGAGUUGGACCGGGAGGCCGUGGACUUCUACAGCUUCGAGGUGGAGGCGCAGGACCAGGGUAACCCCCCCAUGGCCUCCUCCGCCAGCGUCAGCGUCACCAUCCUGGACGUCAACGACAACAGCCCCGAGUUCACGCGGCGCGAGUACAGCGCCCGGCUGAACGAGGACGCGGCCGUGGGCACCAGCGUCCUCACCGUCUCCGCCAUCGACCGUGAUGCCAACAGCGUCAUCACCUACCAGAUCUCCAGCGGCAACACCCGGAACCGCUUCUCCAUCACCAGCCAGAGCGGCGGUGGCCUCAUCUCCCUCGCCCUGCCCCUGGACUACAAGCUGGAGCGGCAGUACCUCCUCACCGUCGCCGCCUCCGACGGCACCCGCCAGGACACGGCUCAGGUGGUCGUCAACGUCACCGACGCCAACACUCACCGGCCCGUCUUCCAGAGCUCCCACUACACCGUCAAUGUCAACGAGGACCGGCCAGUGGGCACCACGGUGGUGGUGAUCAGCGCCACGGAUGAGGACACGGGGGAGAACGCCCGCAUCACCUACCUGAUGGAGGACAGCAUCCCCCAGUUCCGCAUCGCCGCUGAGACGGGGGCCGUCACCACCCAGAUGGAGCUGGACUACGAGGACCAGGUGUCCUACACCUUGGCCAUCACAGCUCGGGACAACGGCAUCCCCCAGAAAUCCGACACCACCUACCUGGAGAUCCUGGUGAGCGACGUCAACGACAACGCGCCCCAGUUCCUCCACGACUCCUACCAGGGCUCCGUCUACGAGGACGUCCCGGCCUUCACCAGCGUCCUCCAGGUCUCCGCCACCGACCGCGACUCGGGGCUCAACGGUAGAGUCUUCUACACCUUCCAAGGCGGCGACGACGGUGAUGGUGACUUCAUCAUCGAGUCCACCUCGGGCAUCGUCCGCACCUUGCGCCGCCUCGACCGGGAGAACGUGCCCUUCUACUCCCUGCGGGCCUUCGCCGUGGAUAAGGGGGUCCCGGCCAAGCGGACGCCGGUGGAGAUCGGGGUGACGGUGUUGGAUGUCAACGACAACCCUCCCGUCUUCGAGCGGGAUGAGUUCGACAUCUUCGUGGAGGAGAACAGCCCCAUCGGGCUGGUGGUGGCCCGGAUCACGGCCACCGACCCCGACGAGGGCACCAACGCCCAGAUCAUGUACCAAAUCGUGGAGGGCAACAUCCCCGAGGUCUUCCAGCUCGAUAUCUUCUCCGGUGAGCUCACAGCUUUGGCUGACCUGGACUAUGAGACCAAGGCUGAGUACGUCAUGGUGGUCCAGGCCACCUCGGCUCCCCUGGUCAGCCGCGCCACCGUCCACGUGCGCCUCCGCGACGCCAACGACAACCCCCCCCAGCUCAAGAACUUCGAGAUCCUCUUCAACAACUACAUCACCAACGGCUCGGGCGGCUUCCCCGUGGGGGUCAUCGGCCGCAUCCCUGCCCACGACCCCGACGUCUCCGACAGCCUCACCUACACCUUCGAGCAGGGCAACGAGCUCAACCUGCUGCUGCUGGACCCUCGCAGCGGGGACCUGCGCCUCAGCCCGGCCCUGGACACCAACCGCCCGCUGGAGGCCGUCAUGAGGGUCUCUGUCUCAGACGGGCUCCACAGCGCGACGGCUCAGUGCACGCUGCGGGUGACGGUCAUCACGGACGAGAUGCUGAGCAGCAGCAUCACCCUGCGCCUGGCCGACAUGGCCCAGGAGCGCUUCCUCUCGCCUCUGCUCAGCCGCUUCCUCCACGGCGUCGCCGCCGUCCUGGGCACGUCCCGGCACCGCGUCGUCCUCUUCAACAUCCAGCCCGACGCGGACGCGGCCCCGGCGCGGAUCCUCAACGUCAGCCUGUCGGUGCUGCUGCCCGGCCCGGCCCGGCCCGGCCGCUUCUUCUCCUCCGAGGAGCUGCGGGAGCGGCUUUACCUGAACCGCUCGCUGCUGGCCGCCGUCUCUGCGCAGCGGGUGCUGCCCUUCGACGACAACGUGUGUCUGCGGGAGCCCUGUGAGAAUUACCUGCGCUGCGUGUCCGUGCUGCGCUUCGACAGCUCCGCCCCCUUCCUGGCCUCGGACACCGUCCUGUUCCGGCCCAUCCGCCCCGUGCCCGGGCUGCGCUGCCGCUGCCCGCCCGGCUUCACCGGCGACUACUGCGACACCGAGAUCGACCUGUGCUACUCCAGCCCCUGCGGCGCCCACGGGCAGUGCCGCAGCCGCGAGGGCGGCUACACCUGCGAGUGCCACCAGGAUUUCACGGGGGAGCGCUGUGAGCUGAGUGCCCGGGGGGGCCGCUGCGCCCCGGGGGUCUGCCGCAACGGGGGCACCUGCCUGAACCUGCUGGUGGGGGGAUUCCGCUGCCAGUGCCCCCCCGGGCACUACGAGAAGCCUUUCUGUGCCAUGAGCACCCGCAGCUUCCCCCCCAGCUCCUUCCUCACCUUCCGCGGCCUCCGACAGCGCUUCCACUUCACCCUCGGCCUGACGUUUGCCACCACGGAGCGGGACGGGCUCCUGCUCUACAACGGGCGCUUCAACGAGCGACACGACUUCGUGGCGCUGGAGAUCGUGGGCGAGCAGAUCCAGUUCAGCUUCUCAGCAGGUGAGACCACCACCACUGUGUCCCCCUUUGUGCCUGGUGGGGUCAGCGAUGGGCAGUGGCACCGAGUCCAGCUCCACUACUACAACAAGGCCGUGCUGGGCCGCUCGGGGCUGCCGCAGGGCCCGUCGGAGCAGAAGGUGGCCGUGGUGACCGUGGACGAGUGUGACCCGGGGAUCGCGCUGCGCUUCGGCGCCCGCGCCGGGAACUACUCGUGUGCGGCCCGGGGCACCCAGAGCGGCGGCAAGAAGUCCCUGGACCUGACGGGGCCGUUGCUGCUGGGGGGGGUGCCCACCCUGCCCGAGAGCUUCCCGGUGCGCAGCCGCCACUUCGUGGGCUGCAUGAGGCACCUGCACAUCGACCAGCGGCCCGUGGACAUGGCGGCCUUCAUCGCCAACAACGGCACCGUGCCCGGCUGCCCGGCCAAGAAGACGCUGUGUGAUGCCAACACAUGCCACAACGGCGGCACCUGCGUGCACGAGUGGGACGGGUUCAGCUGCCGCUGCCCGCUGGGCUUCGGGGGCAAGACCUGCCAGGAAGAGAUGGCGAAUCCUCAGCGGUUCGUGGGCAGCAGCCGCGUGUCCUGGAGCGGGUUGGCACUGCCCAUCACCCUGCCCUGGCACCUGGCGCUCAUGUUCCGCACCCGGCACCCCCACGGGCUGCUGCUGUGGGCCAGCGCUGGCCCCACGGCCACCAUCACCCUGCAGCUGAGCGGGGGGCAGGCGGCAGCGGGCGUCUGGCAGGAGGGGUCCCGGCUGUCCUGGCUGCGCCUGCCCCAUGCCAGGGUGAGCGACGGCGCCUGGCACCACCUGCAGCUGGAGCUGCGGGCGGCCCCCGGCCGUGCCCCCCCCGCCACCCUCCUCCUCCUCACCCUCGACUACGGCCGCCAGCAGGCGGUGGCCGACGUGGCCGUGGAGCUGCAGGGGCUGCGGGUGCAGGAGCUGAGCCUGGGCGGGCUGGAGGGCAGCGGGGGCACGGUGGAACAGGGCUUCGUGGGCUGCCUGCAGGGUGCGCGCGUGGGCGGCGCGGCCCCGCGCCCGGAGGAGGCGGCGGCGCGCGUGGGGGUGGAGCGAGGCUGCGCCCCCCCCGACCCGUGCGCGGCGGGACCGUGCCCCCCCCACAGCGACUGUCGCGACGAGUGGGACAGCUUCUCCUGCCGCUGCCACCCCGGCUACUUUGGUGACAACUGCAUCAGCGCCUGUGCCCUCAACCCCUGCCAGCCCCCAGCCACCUGCACCCGCAGCCCGGGCACGGCACAGGGCUACACGUGCCAGUGCCCACAGGGUCACUUUGGGCCCUACUGUGAGCACAAGGAGGCGCAGCCGUGCCCUCGGGGCUGGUGGGGUCACCCCACGUGCGGCCCCUGCGGCUGCGACGUCGCUCAGGGCUUCGACCCCGACUGCAACAAGACGACGGGCGAGUGUCACUGCAAGGAGAACCAUUUCCGCGCGGCGGGCAGCGCCUCGUGCCAGCGCUGCGACUGCUUCGCGGGAGGGGCCGUGUCGCGCCGCUGCCACCGCACGUCGGGGCAGUGUCCCUGCAGGCCCGGCGUCAUCGGCCGCCGCUGCGACCGCUGCGACAACCCCUUCGCCGAGGUGACGGCCAGCGGCUGCGAAGUCAACUACGACAGCUGUCCCCGUGCCAUCGAGGCUGACAUUUGGUGGCCCCGCACCCGCUUCGGGUUGCCCGCGGCUGCCCCCUGUCCCAAGGGCUCUGUUGGCACGGCCGUGCGGCACUGCGACGAGCAGCGGGGCUGGCUGCCCCCCGACCUCCUCAACUGCAGCUCCGUGGCCUUCGCCGCCCUCCGCGUCUGGGCGGAGCAGCUGGCGCGGAACGAGUCGCGGUGGGAUGCGGCGCAGUCGCGGCGAGUGGCUCUGCAGCUGCGCGAGGCCACGCGGAGAGGGCCCCCCGCCUUCGGCAGCGACCUGCGCCUGGCCUACGGGCUGGCAGCGCGGCUGCUGCGCCACGAGAGCGCCCAGCGCGGCUUCCGCAUGGCGGCCACGCAGGACGCGCACUUCACCGAGAACCUGCUGCGCGUGGGCAGCGCGCUGCUGGACGCCCGCAACAAGCGGCACUGGGAGCGCAUCCAGCAGACGGAGGGCGGCACAGCCUGGCUGCUCAGGCACUUCGAGGAGUAUGCCAGCGCCCUGGCACAGAACAUGCCCCACACCUACCUCAGCCCCUUCACCAUCGUCACCCCCAACAUCGUGGUGUCGGUGGUGCGGCUGGACUCAGAGAGCUCGGCGGGUGCUCGGCUGCCACGGUACGAGGCGCUGCGGGGCGGGGAGAACCCCCCUGACCUGGAGACCACCGUCAUCCUGCCCCACAGCCUCUUCCAGCCCACUGUGGGCAGGGGUAAGGGGGGACACAGGGGGGAGGCUGAAGAGGAGGAGGAGGAUGAGGACGGGGUGACGCGGGUGACCCGGCGCAGACGCCACCCGUCCCCGUCACCAUCUCCGGGCACUGCCAUCGCCAGCGUCAUCAUCUACCGCACCCUGGCCGGGCUCCUGCCGCAGCUCUACGACAGCGACAAGCGCAGCCUGAGGGUGCCCAAGCGCCCCGUUAUCAACACACCAGUGGUGAGCAUCAGCGUGCAGGCAGGGGCUGCGGGGGCACCCUGGGCACCGCGGGCACUGCCCCAGCCCCUCACCCUCCAGUUCCGCCUCCUCGAGACCCAGGAGCGCUCCAAACCCGUCUGUGUCUUCUGGAACCACUCGCUGCGGGUGGGCAGCGCGGGCGGAUGGUCGGCGCGGGGCUGCGAAGUCGUUUUCCGCAACCGGAGCCACGUGAGCUGCCAGUGCCGCCACCUGAGCAGCUUCGCCGUGCUGAUGGACAUCUCCCGGCGGGAGAGCCGGGAGCUGCUGCCGCUGGCCGCGCUGACCUACGGCUCGCUGGGGGUGGGGCUGGCGGGGCUGCUGGGGGCGGUGCUGGCGCUGGGGGGGCCGGGGGGGCCCCGCGCCAACCGCCACCGCAUCCGCCGUCACGCCGCGACCGCGCUGCUGCUCGCGCAGCUCGUGUUCCUGCUCGGCAUCAACCAGGGAGAGCGGCCGGCGCUGUGCGCGGCCGUGGCGGUGCUGCUGCAGUUCCUGCACCUGAGCGCGGUGGCGUGGGCGCUGCUGGAGGGGCUGCACCUCUACCGGCGCCUCCGCGAGCGCCGCCGCGUCGACCGCGGGCCCAUGCGCUUCUACCACGUGCUGGGCUGGGGCGGGCCCGCGCUGGUCACGGGGCUGGCGGUGGGGCUGGACCCCGAGGGCUACGGGAACCCCGACUUCUGCUGGUUCUCCCUCCACGACAGCCUGGUGUGGAGCCUGGCCGGGCCCGGCGCCUGCGCCCUUGCUGUCAGCAUCUUCUUCCUCGUGAUGGCAGCCAGGGCCAGCUGUGGCACACACCAGGGCUUGGAGAAGAAGGGCACGAGCUCCGGGCUGCAGACGGCUGCCGUGGUGCUGGCGCUGCCCAGCCUGGGCUGGCUCCUGGCCCUGCUCGCUGUCAACAGCGAUGCGCUGCUCCUCCACUACCUCUUCGCCCUCUCCAACUGCCUCCAGGGUCCCCUCAUCUUCCUCUUCUGCGUGGUGCUGAGCAAAGAGGUGCGGAGGAGCCUCCGGCUCAGCUGCGCCCGCAGCCGCGGCCCCGACCCCGCCAUGGCCACCAAAGCCACCCUGACCUCCGGCUACGGCUGUGACAGCACCUACGUGGCCGGGCGGCUGCAGCCGGGGCCCGGGGGCUCCGCGGGGUCCCCGCACAGCACCGGCAAGAGCCACCACAGCUACAUCCCCUUCGUGCGCAGCAGGGAGGACUCGGGGCUGGCGGGCAGCCCUGGCCCACGGGCACCGGCUGAGCCUGGGGGGCUCUUCCUCACAGCCCAGGAGCAGCCUGAGGAGCACGACUCGGACUCGGACAGUGACCUGUCGCUGGGGGAGGAUGUGAGCGGCUCCUUUGGCUCCUCACACUCCUCUGAGAGCGAGGACGAGGCGCCCCCGGGAUGGGCCCCCCCGGCUGGACCCCUCCUGCCCCCCCCCAUCCCCGGUGCCAGCCCGAUGCCCCCGGAGCGCUCGGUGCCAGCAGCCGGGAUCCUGAAGAAGAAAGGCCCCUCCCCCAGCAGCCAGCGAGGGGGGGUCCCCGCGCCCCCCCCAACGUCCUCGGGCAGCUCCGGCGGGGGGGGGCCGGGAGGAAGCCCCGGGAGAGGGGCCCCGAUCGCCCCCCGCCCGCGGCAAAGCCUCCGGGAGCAGCUCCGCGGCCUCACGCCCAUCACCAUGAGCAUCCGCGCCGGGCCCGAGGAGGACUCGUCUGGCUCCGAGAGCGACGAGACCUCCAUCUAACUGGGACCAGUCUGGACAGCACGUGGGGACGCUGGGGGUGGCAGGAGGGGGGCAUAGGGAUGGGCACCCCCUUCUCCUCCAUUGCACUUCAGGUCCUGGCAGGGAUUGGCCCCCCACACGCACGCUUGGGCAGCCUGGGGGGGUGGCACGGGGUGCCCCCCUCGCAGUGCCACAGCCCUGUGCCCUCUGAAGGGGUUUAUUUAAAAAAUACAUGAAAAAAAGGAUAAAAAAAAAGGAUAUUGAACCCCCUCUGCCCCCCCCACGGUGCCACCCCCCCCCCAGGAAGGAGAUGAGGAGGGGUGAGUGGGACAUGGAGAAGGGGGUGAGGGGGGGGAUCAGUUGAGGGGUGCAGAGAUGGCUGGGUCCCCCUAAUACUUUUCCCUCCUCCCAGGGGU